UUUUGUCUAUGUUCUUUCAUCGCUCUUGGGAAGAAUGGCAAGAGCGGUGUAAAAAUCACGAUUUUAUAAAACUUUUACUCAGUGGCCAUAAAGUAAAUGGUGAAGCAAUUAUACAUUAAUAUAUCUGAGUGAGAAAUUGUGCAAGGGUAUGGCAUCUACGGGCAGUACACCUUUUCCGAAAUGGCAACUGGCAAUUCUUCUUGGUGCACCUUUGGCCAUCGGUUUAGGUUACCUUUAUCUGAGAAACAGGAUUGAAGACCCGGAGAGGAAGAAGGUUGCGGAACUGAAAGCGAAGACGACCAUAUCUUUGGAUAACGAGGAAAAUGCGAAAAACGCUUCAGAGAGCGCCAUCGAAAAGGCCAUGAAACUGAAAGGUGCCGGGAACAGGGCCUUCCAUGGAGGCGAGUACGACAAGGCGAUCGCGCUGUACAACGAGGCGAUCGAGGCGUGCCCGCCCGACCGUCCCAUCGACCUCGCCACCUUCUACCAGAACCGCUCGGCGUGCUACGAGAAGCGGGAGAUGUGGGACCAGGUCAAAGAGGAUUGUACAUUUGCUCUUAAAUUGAAUGAAAAAUACGUUAAAGCCUUUCUAAGACGCUCCCGAGCCGCCGAGAAGAGUGGUGACCUCGUUCUUGCUCUGGAAGAUGUGACUUCAGCAUGCAUCCUUGAAAGGUUUCAAGUGCAAAGCUCUUUAGUAAAUGCUGACCGCAUUUUGAAAGCCCUAGGCAGACAACAUGCCCGUGAAGCUUUAGAAAAACGCCGUCCCGUGAUGCCAUCUAAGCACUUUAUUAAAACAUACUUCUCUGCAUUCUCAGAAGACCCUAUUGCUAAAAUUCAAAUUGAUGACAAAUCUGCUAAUGGUUUUGCUAAAGCUAAGAAAGCUCUGGACACUCAAGACUAUGACUCUGUGGUUGAUGCCUGCACUGAGGAGAUUAAAGCUGAUGGAAAGUACAAAAAUGAAGCAUUGCUUCUCCGAGCCACAUUCUACCUUCUGCUGGGCCGGCAUGAUGAUGCACAGGCUGAUCUAGCUAAAGUUAUUGAUAGUGACGCCUCUACCAAAGUAAAGGUUAAUGCACUGAUCAAGCGUGCCUCUCUGUUCACACAGUUGGAAAACACAGAGCGAUGCCUGGAAGACUUUGCCCGUGCCGCUGAGCUUGACCCUCCUAACUCCGACAUCUACCACCACCGCGGACAAGUGUACUUGCUGCUGGAACGCAUGGAUGAGGCCACUUCCGAAUUUGCAAAGGCUGUUGAACUGAACCCCAACUUCUCUAUUGCUUACAUCCAGAAAUGCUAUGCUGAUUACAGACAUGCUCAGCUAAAUAAGAAUGUAAAUGCUCUGGCCCAGGUACGGUCAGACUUUGACAAAGCUCUGGAAAUGUUCCCUAAAUGUGCUGAAGCUUACAUCCUAUUUGCACAAGUGCUGUCUGACCAGCAAGAAUGGGAAAGGGCUGAGUCUUUAUUCAACUCGGCACUGUCUGUCGACCCCAGCAAUGCCACAUUGUAUGUCCACAAAGGUCUUGUCCAGCUUCAGAAAAGUACAGACUUUGACAAAGCUGUUAAGCUGAUCAACAAGGCCAUAGAGAUGGAUGACAAGUGUGACUUUGCUUACGAAACACUUGGCACUAUUGAAGUACAGAGGGGCAACCUGAAGAGGUCUCUGGAGUUGUUUGAGAAGGCGAUCGCGCUCGCCAAGACGGAGCUGGAGAUGACGCAUCUGUUCUCGCUGAAGGACGCGGCGGCCGCGCAGCUGAAGGUGUCGGAGCGCUGGGGGCUGGACUGGACCGUGAGCUAGGCGCCCCUCCCCCGCGCCCCUCGACAAUACCGGCACAAGCUACCAGUCUGCAAGUCUUUACUUCAAAUUCUAGAUAUAUCUUUCAAGCAGGAGGGUAACUGCUGUAAUUAAAUAGAUUAGUCAUUCCAAAAAUUUAACAUCUAUAACGUGUUGCAGCAGAAUGUGUUGUAAAUAUUGUUAUCAUGAUGUGGUUGGGGUAGUUCAUCAGUGAGCGGUGCCGCCGGCGCUUGCGGCUUGUGCUGCGUGUUGAAGCUUCCCGUAGGCUAGAUGUGAUAUUUGUACACUGUGUAUAGUUGCACCCUAUUGUUCACUCAAAAGCGGCUUUGUCAAACACAUAGAAAAUUUAGCUUACAUGUGUGAUAGCUAAAUGUGCAUUGAAAAUUUACUUUAGCUAAUUUUACAUUUCGUAAAUAAAUAAUAUUUUAAUUGCCUAAUAUUAUAAAAAAUAUCUAUAACUUAGUUUUGUUACUGUUAUGCACAUUUUUGAGCUGAACAGUGAACACUGCCAUUAUUUUAAUGUUACUGAAUAGAACAUGUUUUAGCCAUGUCCUGUAGCUGCACCUUGCCCUGUAGCACCUUGCAUUUUCGUUAUUAUUAUUAUUUUAGGUUUAUUUCAAACGAAAUUUCAUCUAAAAUAAUACUAAUGGGGCAUAAAUUGCCAGAACGCCUGCCAUUUUACGCAUUUUUACUGCGCUCACCCGUAAUCUUACGUAUAUGUUUCAAUAAUAAUCCAAGUUUUAGUCAUUCCUGUAGCUAUAAAUAUGUUAUCAUGACAGAAGGCAGUUUGUUUAAACCACCAAUAGUUGUUUGUAAAUGUUUGAGAUAAUAAUUUUUUAAAUUUAUGUUUGUGAUCCAAUGUGAAACGGUUUAGGAUGAAUGUUACGUACCUAGUAGUAUUUUUCCUAUUGAACGAAUUGAGGAAUCAAUUUACUGCAUGUUAUUGUAGGCAAGCACGCAAGCGCCACCUAUAGGCUUUGACGUAGUUGACCGACUCAUACAUUUCGUUGUUAUCCCGUGAGUAUGUAAGUACUUGAGUCGCGAGUGACUGGGGUGGCGGGGUGAAUGAUAAGGAAGUCGCAAUGGAUUGACUUGUUGAACAACCAUGUUCAAAUUGAUUCAUGAGCCCCGAAUAAAUGAUAAGCGAUGCCCGAUCACGGAGCAUCUUCAGUACAAAUGAUGCAAUGCUCAGGGCACUGAUUGGUUGGCUGUGACAGAGCAGGCUAAUGUGUUAGGGCCCGUCUGUAUUUAUUUAUUGUGUUUUAGAAUGGCCCACGAUAACGUUGGUUCUACACAAGUCGUUACCUCACCGAUAGAAUAUACCUAGUUAACAAUUCAUGAAAACUGCGAAAUACACUAUAAAAAAUAAA